AUGACCAUUCAUCUUCAAGAAGUUGUAAGAUCUGAAGUGGAAGGUGGUCUGUCAGGGCCAGCUAAUCCAAUACCCAGUCAAUCGAUGGAUUGUGGAUGUAGACAAUUUCCUUGUCCAAAAUUAGCAAAAUUCGCAACGAGAUGUACGUUCGUUGGAUUAAUCUGUUGGGUUGGCCUUCUUCAAGCUGCUUCAUCGGCAUAUUUUUAUAUUAUUGGCUCUACGAUAGCCAGGAGAUUUCAAUUUGAUCCUUACUUAAUUGAUUGGAUUUUGGUCGUGUCGGAAUUAACACCCUUUUUUCUUGGUGUUGUCGUUGCAUAUUGGGGUGACAAAAUUCAUAGGGCCUCGUGGAUAGGUGCUCUGGUAUUAUUACAAUGUGCUGGCUAUGUGAUAUUGGUAAUACCACAUUUAACUCAUAAAGUUAGAGUUAUCGAAGAAACCUUUAACGUCACUCAUAUGUCUCUAUACGCAGACGAUAGUCCAGAAUUAUGCUCGUCCAGUGCUUCCAGAAUAAUAAUAGAAGAGGAUGAUAACACCUGCUAUUUCACACUCGCAAUUUUAUGUUGCGUACAAGUUCUGAUAGGCAUGGCUAAUAUAGCCUACUAUGCGCUCGGCAUAUCCUAUCUUGAUGACAAUACCAAAAAACAACAUGUAGCAGGAUUUUUCGGAAUAAUUAUUGCAGUGAAAAUCAUCGGUGUACUUUUGGGAUACGUUCUAGCUUGGGGUUGUCUGCGGAUAGACGCGGAAAAUUUGAAAGUGGUGGAAUCUUAUCAAGAACAAAUAGGUGCUUGGUGGCUCGGUUUUCCUAUUCUUGCAGCAGCCAUGACAAUUCCUGGUCUCUUACUCUCAUGGUUUCCUAGAAGAUUACCUUCCGAGGUAGUGGAACAGGCAGCUGCUUCGAUCCUCGAUCGAGCAGGUACGCUAACUUUGCGUCGUUUAAGAUCAGUCGAUCAUAAAAUCGGUACUCCAAAUUUUUGUGCGAUGCUCGGAAGGCUGAUGACUAACAAAUUACUGAUAUGCAACAUUCUCGCAUCGGCCUUUUGCGCCACUGCUCUCUUAAACCUCAUGACACACGAGAAUAUCAUUUUGGAAUCCAGAUAUCACAUACCUAAACCAACGGGAAUGUUGCUCGGAUUUGGAGAUCCUUUACAUUCCAGAUUGAUCUUGAAUUUAUUAAAACCAAUUUUGAUUGGACUGAUCAUAGUUAUUUGUGGAUUGAUAUUGUCCAAAGCUAAACCUCGAGCGACGUUCAUAGCUGGUUACAGCUUCAUUGCAACGGUCUUAGCAACUGUCAUAAUAUUUGCUUUGGUCUUUACAUAUUGCGAUUCACCAUCAGUCGUUGAGCUGAAUAAAGGAUCAAUCCAUUUGUUGCAAUAUUGCAACAAAGAUUGCCGUUGCUCGAAGGAUGCAGAUUUUCGUCCAGUCUGCGAUACCAGAGGCAGGUACACAUUUUAUACACCUUGUCACGCUGGAUGCACUUCCGUAGAAUAUAUAGACAAUAUUAAGAUCUACAGUGACUGCAGUUGUGUUCAAGAAAUAACGGGAAACUUGGACGCCAAGGAAGGUCCUUGUGGCUCGUCCAGUUGUCAAAUUGGAUGGCUAGCUUUUGAAUUUGGUACUUUGCUUGCUUACGCUUUGGUCGCAUCUACUUUCGUUGGAGAUUUAUUGAUCAAUCUCAGAUCGGUUUAUCGACAAGAUAAAGCGAGUAGCAUAGGAUUCUGGAUGAUGUGGGUUGCGUUUUUCGUCAAUGUACCUGGUAAAAUUCUUUAUCAAACGAUCGCGAAUAUAACGUGUAUAAAUUGGGGUGCUAAAGGGACCAUAUGCCAUUUUCAUGAGAGUCCAAAGCUUGGAAACUAUAUAUUCUUUUUGACGACUUUAUUACUGGCUAUCUGUAUUAUUUUUAAGAUUUUAGUAUGGAUUUUCUGUAAAAAUUUAAUGAUAUAUGGUAGGCCGAUUAACGAAAACGAAAAGAACACGACUCAGUCGCAGGAAUUGAUGCCAAUGCAACCUUCGAUAAAUUCCAAUGAAAACGAGACCGUGCCCAAAUCUGAUAACAAUGAAACAGACGCAUUACAACUUACGACUGAGUCUAAGACAAAAGUAGAAGAUAAUGUAGAAGAAGAAGGAGAAUUAAAACGUCCUUUAAUAUACGGUCCUUUAGGUCCAGGAGAUCGACGAGGGACUAGCAACGACAAAGUACUUCAACGGGAUCCUCCUAGAAAGCAAAUGGUUCUCGAAACGGAAGACGAAUUGGAUAGUUCCAGUGACGAAAGUAAAAAGGAUUCUAGCCCUAAGGUUGCCUAUAAACCAUUAGAACUUGAUUCGGACGUUGAAAGCGAUCUUGGAAGUGUAGCGGCAAGAUCAAGAAAACGGGUCGUUAGUAAGGAUUAUGAUGAAUUCACGGAGAGAUCGAACUCGUCUAUGAGCUCGAAAAGACGAGGAGAAUUUCCAAAUCCAGACGAAUAUGGGGAUCCAAGAUCGUUAAGAAACGUUUUAAAAAAGGAUUGGAGAUCUUACGAAGAUGGAUCAUCGAAAACAAGUAGCUUUGAGUAUUCCAAGGCGGGCCCUUUGAAAAAAGGGGACUUUAAUGAAAUUGGUAUUCCAAUAGUCGAAUAUUAUCCUUCGAGUGCUAACAACUCUAUUGGACCAAACUCUCCGUUCUUGAAAGACGUGAAAUCAUUGAUAAACCAAUACGAAAAGAACUCUAGCCAAGAACAAUUGGAGGAUGAUCGAGCAUCUAUCAGAUCGGCUGGCAAAACUGGGGUUCCUCUCGUAGCUAUGACACAACCAAGACUUUCUUCCGGACAAGCUUCUUCAGGAUUUGGCAGUUUGAGGGAAAGCUCCUCCGAUCCUCGAGGAACUCCCAGUCCAAAGAACUCUUCUAUCAAGGGUAGCAAAGGGACACUCUGUACUGAUUUGUGAAUUAUUUAUGUUCCGUAAAACCACAACCGCAACCACCACUCCAACCCCCUUCCAUCCAUCCGCGCACACAUAGACAAGCACACGGACUGGAAUUAUCUUCGAUCUCUAUUGAACUAUUCUCUCGUAGAAGAUGUCCUUACUUUCGUUGCUUAC